AUGAAGCUCAUUCUCGGUCUCUUCUUAACAGCAUGGGUAAAUGCAGAUCAGGUGAACCAAUCGCCAACAGGUAUAACAUGUGCAAAUGUACGUUGUCGCGAGGCUUGUCUCGAUAAUCCGACUCGUUGUGUUACGAGGUGCAACACAACCAGAAUUUGUUCACCUGACAAAGUUUGCUUGAAUGGAUACUGCGAGAACAAACCGAAAUUAACGUGUGCAACUGUUCUAUGUAUCACUGGGACAAUUUGUCUCGAGAAUCCAAUACGUUGCGUAAAACCAUGCCAAGACAAGCAGAAUAGUUGUUCGAGUGGUACAACCUGUACCAAUGGAUACUGCGAGGAAAUCCCAAAAUUGACAUGCGCAACUGUUAAGUGUCGUGGCGGUUAUGUAUGCUUAGAGAAUCCUAUUCGGUGCAUUCAGACUUGCAAGGCGAGAGAGAAUUGUUCCAAAGGCACCAUUUGUUUGAAUGGUUACUGCGAGAAAAUUUUCACCAGUCCCAUAAGAACAACUACGCCGUCGGUGUAG